ACUUUGGUUGUAAGUACUUGAGUUGAUAAAUAAUAUUCAAGAUUAUUGAAAUGGGAAGUUUUUAAAUGAAUUUUAGCUAAAUUGGCCAAUUUGUGUGAUAAAUUAAUCGAUGUGAUAUUAAAAAUGCAGUAAUGCAUUCAAGGCUUUACUUUCGCUGGACCAUCAAAAUUUAAGAGUGAUAAAUAUGGAAGACUUAUUUGAAGGAUUUUCGGAAGAAAUCACCCAAUGGGACUUGAUUAGGGAUAAAACUGAUUUAGAUUUAGGAGAAAAGAACCCAGACAAUUAUGACCUUCCCCGUGUCAGACUAUUGCCGAGGCAAGAUGCAAUGUUGUAUGGAAGCAUUCCGAAAAUGGAGCAAAGAAUCUACAGUAAAUGCAAAGAAUGCAGGGUGGUGUUUAAUCCUAGAGACGUUUUGCUGCACAAAUAUUGUCAUGGUAAAAGUGGAUCGUCGCAAAGUUCGAAAGACAUCAAAAAGAAAAUUAAAAGCAAGAAGAAAUCACAUUCGCAACCCAUACAUCAUCAUACACUGUUUAAGAAACCUGCUACUCCGCCUCCAAUGUCAUCUACGUCGAUUAAUCCCGAGGUUCAGUCACUAAUAUCACCAACAGUCACUCUAAUGGAUACAACGGUACCAAAGGAAAGAGAAAAAGACAAAGAACGCGAAAGGGAGAGGGAGAAAGAACGCGAACUGGAUAAGGAGCGAGAAAAGGAGAAGGAGCGGGAAAAGGAGAAGGAGCGGGAAAAGGAGAAGGAACGCGAACGAGAUAAAGAACGCGAAAUGGAAUCGGAACGCGAAAGGGAACAGGAGCGGGACAAUGAGACGCAUAGUGAUACGAGCGAGGCAAACGUUAAUUCGCCGCCAAACAGUUCCACAGGGUCGCCUACAAGCACAUCUUCCAGCAAGCAUAAAAAGAGCAAAAGGAGCAGCAAACCCACCAAGGACUACGAUCCUGACGUUCACUGCGGCGUCAUCGAAGGAAACAAGGGCCCCUGCACUAGAUCCAUCACUUGUUCCAAUCACAGGAUAAAGCUAAGAAGAAUGGUUCCUGGAAGAAGCAAGGACAUAAACCUAUUGAUAUCAGAGCGAAAGGCUGCAAAAGAGAAAGACUUCAAACAACACCCAUCAUCCAGUUCGUACACAUCGGUAAAUUUAGAAGAGGAAGAGUUUUUAUGCCAAAGUACUUCUUACGUACCUAUUGUCGCCACGAUUGUCAGCGCCAUUGAUAGCUCGGCAACCUCUCCAACCUCCACCACCGCAUACGUACCCAUCAUGCCGAAAAACGCCGCAGACGGCACUCUUACCAACUCAUCCCAAAUUUCAAGACAAACUACCUCAAUUACUACAAGUCUUACUAAGGAAACAAUUUCCUCGGAACCUGACGGUUCAUUAGAUAAUGGAUACAAUCCAAGUAUACAAAAUAAUUCUCAGGAAAGCGCUGUGGGGACGGUCCCAGUGGUCUACAUGCCCAUGAGUCCGAUUUCAGUAGUUAGCCCCGUGCAGUUUGUUCAAAUUGGCAAAAACAUGAUUUGCCUGGAGUCGCCUCAGUCGGCGAUGAGCCCGCCUUUGCCGAACCAGUCGCAAUACUUGCCGAUACCUGCCGAUACCGAGACGACGAUGUACAAGUCGCACCCGAAGCCGGUAUCGAUACCGACGUUUAACACCCGCAAGGUAGGUGGGGCCAUUUUACUAUCGUACCAACAGUUGGAAAGCCAGCGUAACGACAUACAAACGGCAAUAAACGCUAAGCGCAAAAUGGGCUACAAAUCGGUUUCGGUGCUGAAUAACGCCUCGCACCGGCCCAACAUACUGAAAGUAAAAAGUGUUUCGAAAGUCAACUGCAAAAGGCCUGCGGUCGACAAAGUCAGCACCUCGGACAGCAAACAGUUGAGACUCGCGCCGGAUGUUAACGGUUUUAUUCAGCAGUCCGACAUGAGCGAGACAGCCGACGCGCCUCAGUCUAACAACAGUAUACAAGAGAAAAUCGCUCUCUUGAACAUGAAACUGAUCAUUUUUGAUCCGCUAAAUCAUCGGAGGUAAAUUCACCUUGAUAUUGUUUAAUUUUUGCAGAAAAACCCUCAAUCUGAAUGUAACGAUAAUAUUUUUCAUUUUAACGCGCAUGCUUCACUCAACUAUCUACCAAGUAUUGUUAUUCUAGUCAGGAUGAUUUUAAUUCGCUUUUUAUUAUUCCGGCAAUUUUUUUCUAUUGAGUGCCAAAUUCUUUUAACUAUUUAUUGUAUUAUUUUUUUAUAUUACUUUACUAUAUAUAUUUAUAUAUAUUAUCGUUUCAUUUACAAGACUUGACUUUUUCGUUAAACUCACUAGUGUGAUUUAAAUUAUUAUGAAAAAAAUUUAAUAAAUGUCCAAAAACAUGUAAAUAUUUUCAUUAUUUAUAUAGGUAUAUUUUUCAAUAUAGGAUAGCUUAAAUUAUGCUAAACGAAUGUGAUGUAAAGUUUAAAUGUUAGAACUAGUUGUUAGUCAAAAAAUAUUAUUAUUAUUUUUGUUAAAUAAUUAUUAGUAAUACCUCUCGAAUUAUAAUAUACAGGGUGUAAAUUGGUGACCUAAAGGGUAAAGCUAAAUCCCUAAUUGAAAAUCCAUUUCAAUUUUUUCAAAUUCGUUAUUUAAAACUGUAAUCUGUGUUGCCUAGCUACAUUCAAACAAACAGGGUGAUCUAAUUGGCGGCUUUUAAAGUUAAAUAACUCCUGCAAUUUGGCGAAUUAGAAAAAAUCGUAAAGGAAUUUCAAAUGUCCUUUGGGUCGCCAAUUUUAGGUCCCUGUAUAAUCGGCAGAAAUUAUACGACUGUUUAGUUUAAUUGCGUUUUGCUUAGUGAAAAACAAAUCAAGGUGUCGAAAGAUUUUUCUGUAAAUAUUAUUACGAUAUCCCCCAAAGGCUGUUCAUAUAGUUAGACUUGGCGUUGCGUGUUUUAAAAUAUAUGCUUUGAUUGGCUAAAAAAAAUACUGCCCUUUGUUUCAUCUUUGAAGGGAAACUGUGAAAAAUAAAUUAAUGUUAACAUCU